AUGAAGUCUCACUAUGAUAUUUCCAAUGGUUCCAUUGAAUUCACACAACCAUCAUUUAUUCUUAUGGGUAUCCCAGGACUAGAAGGAGAGCAUAUCUGGAUAUCCAUCCCUUUCUGCCUAAUGUACAUCAUUAUCUUCAUAGGAAAUGGCCUCAUUCUUCACGUAACCUGGAUUGACACCGUUUUGCACCAGCCUAUGUACUUUUUUCUGGCUAUGCUGGCCUUUGUUGAACUCGGGGUCUCCGCUUCCACCAUGCCUACAGUGUUAGGCAUUUUUCUCUUUGGCAUUAAUGAUAUCAGUUUUGGUGGUUGUCUGCUGCAGAUGUUUUCCAUGCAUUCUUUUACCCUUAUGGAGUCUGGUGUCCUUCUGGCUAUGUCUAUAGACCGCUUUGUGGCCAUUUACAGCCCACUGAGGUACACAGCUCUCCUGACGAUUCCCCGCAUCGCUGGGAUGGGUGCUACCAUUGCCUUGAGAAGUGUGAUGCUCAUGUUACCACUUCUCUUUCUCCUGGAGGGUCUGCCUUUCUGUGGCCACAAUACCCUCACACACUCUUACUGCCUUCACUCGGAUCUGAUCAAAUUGCCCUGUGCAGACACCCGCCCCAAUAGCAUCCUGGGUCUAUUUGUCAUUACCUCCACAUUGGGGCUGGACUCAUUGCUCAUUGUGGUUUCUUAUGGGCUGAUCAUUCACACAAUAGUAGGAAUAGCAUCUGGUGCAGGGCGGUGGAGGGCACUCAACACAUGUGUGUCACAUAUCUCUGCUGUGCUUGUGUACUAUGUUCCCAUGAUCAGUCUCUCUUUGUUGCACCGCUUUGGGCAUCAUUUACCUUCACUCCUCCAGACUUCCAUGGCCAAUGUGUACCUCUUCUUCCCACCUGUGGUCAACCCCAUUGUCUAUAGCAUCAAAACCAAGGAAAUUCGCAACAGCAUUGUUCGUACACUGUCUAGAAAGAGGGGUGUAGUCUAA